AUGGCUGGAAGUGUCCAGUUAACUGACAAGGCCCAAAAGGCUCUUUCCGACGCCCAUGAAUGCGCAACAACAUAUGGUCACCCACAGAUUACACCAAUACAUCUUGCAUUCGCCCUCCUUGCGGGGCCAACUGUAGAUGAAAAUGCUGCCCCUUCAGGCCCCGAACCAUCAGCAAGUCCUUCAUUAUUCAAACAAGUUAUCGAGAAAGCAAAUGGCGACCUUCAGACACUCGAGCGAGGCAUCAAAAAGGCGCUCGUUCGUAUGCCAUCACAAGACCCCCCGCCAGACCAUAUCAGCCCCUCGCCAUCCUUCAGUAAAGUGCUGAGAGAUGCACAGAAGCUCCAAAAGAUCCAACGAGACUCUUACGUAGCGCAAGAUCACCUCAUCAUGGCCCUUGGCCAGGACAGUACGAUCCUUAAGCUGCUGAACGAGGCGGGGAUCCCCAAGGUCGAUUUGCUUGACAACGCUGUAAACGGGCUGAGGGGCACGAGGAGGGUGGAUAGUCAGAACGAGGAGGCUGUCGAGAGCGAGAGUUUGAAUAAGUACUGUAUCGACCUGACACAGAAGGCGCGGGAUGGAAAACUUGACCCGGUUAUUGGAAGAGAGCAAGAAAUCCUUAGAGUUGUGAGGAUUCUGUCAAGGAGGACUAAGAACAAUCCGGUGUUAAUUGGAGAGCCGGGUGUGGGUAAAACUAGUGUAGUGGAGGGUUUGGCAACGAGGAUAGUUAACGCUGAUGUCCCGGCUAACUUGGCAAACUGUAAACUUUUGUCCCUCGACGUGGGAGCUCUCGUGGCAGGUACAAAGUACCGCGGUGAAUUUGAAGACCGAAUGAAGUCUGUCUUGAAAGAGAUUGAGGACUCACACCAGAUGAUUGUUCUUUUCAUUGACGAGAUCCAUCUCCUCAUGGGCGCAGGUUCUUCAGGAGAGGGGGGAAUGGACGCUGCAAAUCUCUUGAAGCCAGCACUUGCUCGAGGACAGCUCCACUGUAUCGGUGCUACAACCCUCGCCGAGUACCGCAAAUAUAUCGAAAAAGAUGCCGCCUUUGAACGGCGAUUCCAACAAGUUCUUACACCGGAGCCGAGCGUACCAGAGACCAUUUCAAUUCUCCGUGGUCUCAAGGAGCGAUACGAAGUUCACCACGGUGUCACUAUCUCUGACGGUGCCAUCGUUGCUGCUGCAAACCUUGCUAGCCGAUACCUUACUGCCCGACGCCUUCCUGACAGUGCAAUUGACCUGAUCGAUGAAGCUGCGUCUGCAGUCCGAGUCACCAGGGAGAGCGCACCGGAGAUUGUUGACACUUUAGAGCGCAAGCAUCGCCAGCUCUUGAUUGAGAUUCACGCCCUAGAGCGCGAGAAAGACGAGGCUUCCAAAGCUCGUCUUGCAGCCGCUAAGCAAGAAGCCGCAAAUGUUAUGGAGGAACUUCAGCCCCUUCGCGAGAAAUACGAAGCCGAGAAACGCCGUAGCAAUGAGCUCCAGGAAGCCAAGAAGAAGCUCGAUGCUCUUCAGGCCAAACUUGAGCAGGCCGAACGUAUCAAUGAUUACGCCACAGCAUCCGAUCUCACAUACUAUGCUAUUCCAGAGCUCCAGAAAUAUAUCGCCAAGUUAGAGUCAGCAAAAGCUAAAUCAGAAUUGGACGCACAGAUCAACGCGGCCAACGGUGGUGAGAGUAACCCUCUCAUGACUGAUCUCGUUGGACCAGAACAAAUCAAUGAGAUCGUGGCUCGCAUGACGGGCAUCCCAGUGACGAGGUUAAAAACAACAGAGAAGGAGAAAUUGUUGAACAUGGAGAAAUAUUUGACGAAGCAGGUUAUUGGGCAGAAGGAGGCAGUCAAGGCAGUUGCCAACGCUAUUCGGCUCAGUAGGUCAGGCCUCAGCAAUCCUAACCAACCGAUCGCCUCUUUCCUGUUUUGCGGGCCAUCCGGUACUGGUAAGACGCUGCUUACGAAGACUCUUGCCGAGUUCCUGUUCGAUGAUCCUAAGUCAAUGAUCAGAUUCGACAUGUCCGAGUACAUGGAGAAACACUCCGUAUCCCGUCUUAUUGGUGCACCACCAGGAUAUGUCGGCCACGAUGCCGGUGGCCAACUGACCGAGGCUCUUCGUCGUCGUCCGUUCUCAAUCCUUCUAUUUGAUGAGGUAGAGAAGGCCGCCAAGGAAGUCCUUACAGUUCUGCUUCAACUUCUUGAUGAUGGACGUAUCACCGACUCCACCGGCAGAGUUGUGGAUGGUAAGAACACAGUAAUCAUCCUGACCAGUAACUUGGGGAGUCAGUACAUCACCUCCAAGUCAAGUUCCACAGACGGUAGAAUCGAUCCAACUACCAAGGAGCUUGUAAUGGAGUCAAUACGACACCACUUCCUUCCUGAGUUCCUGAAUCGUAUCUCUAGCGUAGUCAUCUUCAACCGACUUGCGAAGAAAGAGAUUCGGCGCAUUGUGGAUCUCAGGAUUGUUGACAUCCAAAAGCGGCUCGCAGCCAACAACCGUAAUGUCACGCUCCAGGUGGACGAAGCUGCCAAAGACUUCCUGGGAGAAGCAGGCUAUAGUCCGGCAUAUGGUGCAAGACCACUUAAUCGGGUCAUCGAGAAAGAGGUGUUGAAUAAGCUAGCAGUGUUGUUAUUGAGAGGUGCGAUUAGAGAUGGAGAGACAGCAAGGAUAUGUUUGGAUCGUAACGGAAAGAUACAGGUGUUGCCGAACCAUGAUAGUGACGUGGAAGAAGAUGAGGAUAUGGAGUACGAAGAAGUAGAACCAGGAUACGAUGGUGGGGAUAUGGAGGUUGAAGAGUUGUAUGACUAA